GACCUUGUAGAUCGGAUUUGGAGGUCAGAUCUGUUCAUGGCGAACUCCAAGUGGGCGGCGACGCAUACGGUUACUCGACCAAACAUAUUACUGUGGUUCUAUCCGAAUGGAACUGUAUUGUAUACCAUCAGAAUUACCUCCACUUUCGCUUGUCAAAUGGACUUACGAAGUUAUCCAUUCGAUACGCAGCGUUGCUUCAUUCAAGUUGGCAGUUACAAUAGCGGCCAUAGUUUGUAUGGCUUUAUACUAAUAAGUGUCAACCAGAUUCGGGGAAAUUUCAGCUGUCUGAAGAUGAUGUUCAUCUUCAAGCGAGAGUUCGGCUACCACCUGUCGCAGAGCUACCUUCCCUGCGUCUUCCUCGUCAUCUGCUCGUGGGUCUCUUUUUGGCUGCACAUCGACGCCAUUCCGGCUAGAAUCUCUCUCGGUGUGACAACGUUCCUUACGAUCUACACUCAGAGCUCGGGUGUUCGCGUGUCGUUGCCGCCCGUCUCUUACACCAAGGCCAUCGACAUCUGGUUCAACGUUCACACCAUCUACAUCUUUCUCACGCUCGCCGAGUUCGCUAUGGUCAACUACAUAUCGCGCCACUACGAAAGCAGUAGCGGCAUCGCUCCACCACCGCAGCUCACGACCGAACCGAACAAAUAUGCACAUACGCAGUCUAAACCUCAGACCGAAUUCGGGUUCGAUGCCAUCAGUGCGUCGGUGCAGACGACAGAUGACGUCACAACGACGGGCGCGCAGCGGCGGGAUCAGUCUAAUGACGACGACGAGACGACGAAGGUGGUGGCGCCGCGAUCGCUGCGUCACGUGUGGCGUCGAACCGUCAGCGUCGUCAUCGAGGGCCGACGGAAAGCAAAGACGAUCGAUCUGGUGUCGCGAGUGCUAUUUCCCGUCAGCUAUCUGAUCUUUCUCACCAUCUACUCGAUUUGCUACGCACUGCCAGAGUAAAUGACAGCUGGUCUCAAAUG